AAAGGAAACGCAUUAACAAUAAGCCAUGGAGAACCAAACGCUUCUCCUACUAAUCACUUUUAUGAGUGCAACCAUUCUUAUCUUCAUUGUUAGAAAUAAAAAAUCUACAAAACUUCCACCAGGGCCACACCCACUUCCCAUCAUUGGUAACAUCUUAGAACUUGGCAAAAACCCACACAAAUCUCUCACAAAACUCUCAAAAAUCUAUGGACCAAUCAUGACACUAAAAUUAGGAACAAGAACAACCAUAGUAAUCUCAUCCCCUCAAGUAGCCAAACAAGUCUUACAAGAAAAUUCACAAGUUUUUUCUAGUAGAAGUAUUCCACAUGCUGGCUAUGCACUUGACCAUGACAAAUUCUCACUUGCGUGGCUUCCAGCAUUAGAUUUGUGGAAGAAACUAAGAAAAAUUUGUGCCACAAAAGUAUUUUCUACAAAAAUGCUUGAUUCAACAAAAUUCCUUCGCCAACAAAAAUUGCAAGAAUUAUUGAAUUAUGUGAAUGAAAAAAGCAAGAAAGGUGAGGCUUUUGAUAUUGGUGAGGCUGUUUUUACAACUGUCCUUAAUUCAAUUUCAAACACUUUGUUCUCUAUAGAUUUGGCUCAUUCAAUAGAUGGACAAGAGUCACAAGAAUUUAAGAAAAUUAUUUGGGGUAUCAUGGAAGAAGCUGGGAAGCCUAAUGUUUCAGAUUUAUUUCCUAUUCUUCGUCCCUUUGAUCUACAAAGUGUGUAUGCAAAGGUCACCAAUUAUGUGAAGAAGAUAUAUGAUAUUUUUGAUGAAAUUAUUGAAAAAAGAAUAAGUUCAAGAUCUACCAAAGCUGAUUCUGAGGAUGCUUGCAAUGAUGUGUUGGAUUCACUUCUUAAAAGCAACAAUAUUGGAGAAACCACGUUGGAAUUAAGCCGGAAUGAAAUGGUGCAUCUGUUUAUGGAUUUAUUUAUUGCUGGGAUCGACACAACCGCAGGCACAAUAGAAUGGAUUUUGGCAGAGCUAUUACGUAAUCCUGCAAAAUUAACAAAAGCAAAAAAAGAGCUAUGUCAAGAAAUUGGUAAAGAUGAAACAAUUGAAGAAUCACAUAUUUUCAAGUUACCUUUCUUACAAGCAAUUGUGAAAGAAACACUUCGGUUACACCCAGCAGCUCCAUUAUUGCUACCUCACAAAUGUGAUGAAAAUGUCAAAAUAUUAGGCUUCAAUAUUCCAAAAAAUGCACAAGUAUUAGUCAAUGUAUGGGCCAUGGGAAGAGAUUCAACCAUUUGGGAAAAUUCAAAUAUGUUCAUACCAGAAAGAUUUUUGGAGUGUGACAUUAGUUAUAAGGGUAAUAAUUUCGAGCUUAUACCAUUUGGAGCAAGCAAAAGAAUUUGUCCAGGACUGCCUUUGGCUCAUAGGACUGUGCAUUUAAUUGUUGCAUCUCUUCUACGCAGUUUUGAAUGGACACUCGCUGAUGGACAAAACCCUGAAGAUAUGAAUAUGGAGGAGACAUUUGGGUUAACCUUGAAGAAGGUUCAAUCUCUACGAGUUCAAGUUGCUUCAUCGGCUUAGGCAUAAAUAAUAUUUGUUGUUUGUGUCACUCUAAGUUGCAAUCACAUAUGCGGUUGCAAUUGCAACGUAAAACGUAUGCAUACUAGGUCAAAGUUGUUGUCGAUGUCUCUAAACUUGUUAGUUACUAGUGUAUUUGUUAUUGUAAUUUUUAAAAGCUUUAAUAUCAAACUUAUGUGAAAGUA